AUGUCGAUUUUUGGAUUUCUCGGUAGAGGCGAAGGCGGUGGUCGACGAAUUACAGUUUCCUACCCUCCAGAUUUAGCGAUUAUUGUGGAAUUCGUUCAGGGUUCACAUCAGAAAUUGAUUCAGCGGAUAACAGAUGAAUGCUGGAACGGAGGCAACAGGUGGAAGAAAGCAGUGACGUUGGGGUGUUUGAUGGCAAUGGGUCACGACAAGAGGGGGGCGGAGUGGGCUGAGAACUACGGUGGAAGCCGGUGGUGCUCGUUUCGGCAACUCCUGCUGCUUCUGUUUAUUUCUUCCGACGAGGUCGUCGCGUGA